CCCACCUCCAGUAUCUCCACUUAUGAGAACCAUGGGAUCAUCAACACCCCUAACCGCGGUCGCUCACUUCACCCCUCCUUAUACCAGCGCCCUUCCCGGACAAGAGGACCUUGAAUCUCCUCCACACAUCACAUAUCACAAUGCCACCACUUCGGUCAAAGGCUUUCAUCAACGUUGACCUUGGAGAAGGUUACGGGAACUUCAAAUGCGGCCCCGAUGAGGAGCUGAUACCCCUCAUUGACCAGGCCAAUGUGGCCUGCGGCUUCCAUGCCGGUGACCCCCUUAUAAUGAUGGAAACAAUCGCCCUGUGCAAGAAACACGGGAUCACCGUUGGCGCACACCCCGGACUUCCAGACGUACAAGGAUUCGGGAGAAGGGAAAUAAAGCUAUCCCCCGAGGAACAUACCGCAAACGUCAUCUAUCAAGUCGGUGCGCUCCAGGGGUUUCUGGCUCGGGAGGGCGUGCCGCUGCACCACGUAAAGCCGCACGGAGUCCUCUACGGUAUGAUGUGUCGGGACUUGGAAGUGGCCCGAGCUGUCAUAAAGGGAGUCCCUCCAGGCGUACCGGUAAUAGGGCUUGGAGGAACAUUUAUGGAGCAGGCUGCUAAAGAGCUCGGAGUGCCCUUCUGGGCGGAGUUGUUUGGAGAUGUCAAGUACCGGGCCGAUGGAAACCUGGUCAUUGAUCGGAAGAAGAAACCCUGGAAGAUCGAGGACGUCAAAGCCCAUGUCCGGCAACAGGUGGAAGAAUCGUCCGCGACGUCUGUAGAUGGCACGACCGUCGAGAUGGCUGUGGGAAACUACCCUGUCACGAUCUGUUGCCAUUCUGACUCUCCGGGGUGCUUGGAGAUUGUCAAAGCCACCCGGGAGGUGGUUGACGCCUUCAACAAGGCUCAUGGGUUUGCCUAAGCAGUAUAUCCAAAAUCAUGAUACAGGAUGCCCAUGAGAGCACAUAUUUUCCACGACUGGCAGAAGUACUAUGCAGUUGGGAAGCCAAUAGACCAAUGGAUAGCGGCAUGGAUCCUUAUCGGAAACGUCAGAUUACCGUCAGUCGCAUCAACAGCAGAGUCCAAUAGCGUAAGGAUCUCCCGUGCGUGUCGAUCAUCCAUGAUAAAGCCGGGCUGUUAGUGUGUGAUGGUGAGCUGAUAAGCAUCCCACCUGGUCGAAGGGUGGUGGUGGUGCACUGGUGCUGCG